GUAAAUUUGUGGGAUCUCCUUGUUGUGUUACGAAUUGGUUUUGGACCGGGAGAGAUCGACUCGUAUACUCGUACUCUGGAUUUUUAACGUUUAGUAAAUAUUUUUAAUUUUGUUUUCCAAAUGCAGAAUACGAGUGCAAUAAUAAAAUAAUUUUAAAUAAAUAUUUUUUUAUAAAAUAUUAAAUAAUUUAUGAGGUGACUUAAAGUAAUAACAUAUAAUUCAACUACAACUGACUGCUAGGAUACUGGAAUUUAUACUGUAAAUUGAUAUGGGGCGGAUUACGUUUUGGUUCCUACUGGGACUAACAUUAUUUGCCGUCUCUUCUACUGAUGUGUAUGCUAGCUCUGAUGUUGGACCCACUGAAUCCGAAUGUCGUCCUUACAUUGAAAAGGCCAUUAACGAAUUAAAGACAGGUGAUGAAAAAGAAGAAAUUGUUCCUAGUCCAGAUACGACUUCCGGUGAAGAAAAAACGACUAUAGAUACCGACAAUCAUAAUACUGACGAUGACGGAGCGUCCGGUGAAAUGCUGGGAGAUCAACCUGUUCAUGAUGAAAAAGAAACUGUUGAAAUUACUGAUGUAGAUUCCACUGAAGAGCCAACUGUCGAGCAUAAGGAAAUUGAUUUGGAUGGCGACGGCAUCCCUAAUGAAAAAGACAGUGACAUCGAUGGUGAUGUUAUACCCAAUGAAGAAGAUGAUGAUAUGGACGGCGAUGGAGUUCCAAAUAUCCAUGAUGAUGAUAUUGAUGGGGAUGUUAUUCCAAACGAAAAAGAUCUUGACAUUGAUGGUGAUGGAGUUUUGAACAUUGAUGAUACCGACUUGGAUGGUGAUGGUGUGCCAAAUUUAAUCGAUGCUGACUUGGAUGGUGAUGGUGUGCCCAAUAUUAUCGAUGGAGAUAUUGAUGGUGAUGGCCUCCAUAAUGUCAGUGAUAAUGAUUUAGAUGGCGAUGGCAUUCCUAAUGACGAAGAUGACGAUAUGGAUGGUGAUGGUAUCCCUAAUGAUCGGGAUGAUGAUAUGGAUGGUGACGGCAUUCCCAACGAUCAGGACGAUGAUAUUGAUGGUGAUGGCAUACCAAAUAGUGAAGAUGACGAUAUUGAUGGUGAUGGUAUCCCCAAUCAUGAAGAUGAUGAUAUGGAUGGUGAUGGUAUUCUUAAUAUUGACGACAAUGAUAUGGAUGGUGAUGGCAUUCCCAACACCGAAGAUGAUGAUAUGGAUGGUGAUGGUAUUCCCAAUACUGAAGAUGAUGAUAUUGAUGGUGAUGGCAUUCCAAAUGAUCAGGACAGUGAUAUUGACGGUGAUGGUAUUCCCAAUGAUGAAGAUAAUGACAUUGAUGGUGACGGUAUUCCUAAUGAUCAAGAUAGUGAUAUUGAUGGUGAUGGUAUUCCCAAUCACGAAGAUGAUGAUAUCGAUGGCGAUGGUAUUCCUAAUGAUAAGGACGACGAUAUUGAUGGUGAUGGCAUGCCCAAUGAGGAUGAACCUAAAACAUUAGAUGUCGAUAAAGAUGGUAUCACCAAUGAUGAUGACAGUGAUAUUGACGGUGAUGUUUUACCGAAUGAAUUGGACUCAGAUAUGGAUGGUGAUGGAGUACCUAAUACUCUUGAUAAGGAUAUUGAUGGCGAUGGUGUUCCAAAUGUUCAUGAUGAGGACGACCAUGAAGCAGCUGAUAUUCAACCAGGUGCAGUACCCGUCGAAGAAGAAAAAGAUGUUGUUAAGCGUUCGAAACGUUCUGUAGAAACAGUUGGUGACAUGGACAAUGAUGGCAUUCCCGAUGACCAAGAUACUGAUAAGGAUGGCGAUGGAAUUCCAAAUGAAAAGGAUGAUGAUAUUGAUGGUGAUGGUAUACCUAAUCAUGAAGAUAAUGAUAUUGAUGGCGACGGUAUUCUUAAUGAAAACGAUGCUGAUCGCGAUGGUGAUGGUUUGCUAAAUGAACACGAUGACAGUGAUGGUGAGUCGGAUGAUAAGGCAACCAAACAUGAAGCUGAAGAAGAUGAUAUUAAACCUGAAGACGAGUUGUUAUGGGCACCGCCUAAGCAUAUUGAUCUAGAUGGAGAUGGUAUUCCAAAUGAACAGGACGAAGAUAUUGAUGGUGAUGUUAUUCCAAAUGAACAGGAUGAAGAUAUGGAUGGUGAUGGUAUUUUAAAUAUUCACGAUGAUGAUAUUGAUGGAGAUGUGAUACCAAACGAAAAGGAUGUGGAUAUGGAUGGUGACGGUGUUUUGAAUAUUCAUGACAGUGAUUUAGACGGCGACGGCAUAGCAAAUGUUAUUGACGACGAUAUCGAUGGUGAUGGAGUGAAGAAUGUACAUGAUGCCGAUAUUGAUGGAGAUGGCGUUCACAAUGUACAUGAUAACGAUUUAGAUGGCGAUGGCAUUCCAAAUGACCAGGAUGAUGAUAUCGAUGGUGAUGGUAUUCCUAAUCAUAAAGAUAAUGAUAUUGAUGGUGAUGGCACUGCCAAUCAUGAAGAUGAUGAUGUUGAUGGCGAUGGUAUUCUAAACCAUGAUGAUGACGGAUCUGAGGCAGUGCCAAAACGAGUAGAUGUAGAUGGUGAUGGUAUUCCAAAUGAAGAAGAUGAUGAUAUUGAUGGCGAUAUAAUCAUCAAUGAAGAAGAUGAAGAUAUGGAUGGUGAUGGUAUCUUAAAUAUUCACGAUAAAGAUAUGGAUGGUGAUGUUAUACCAAAUGAAAGAGAUCCAGAUAUGGACGGCGAUGGCAUAUUAAAUAUCCAUGAUACUGAUUUGGAUGGUGACGGUGUACCAAAUAUCGACGACCACGACAUCGAUGGUGAUGGAGUGCCAAAUACCGAAGACCAUGAUAUUGAUGGUGAUGGAGUUCAUAAUAUUCAUGACAAUGACUUAGACGGAGAUGGUAUUCCCAACGAUAAAGAUGAUGAUAUUGAUGGUGAUGGUAUUCCAAACCAUAAAGACAAAGACAUCGAUGGUGAUGGUAUUCCUAAUGACACAGAUCAAGAUAUUGAUGGUGACGGUAUAUCUAAUAGUGCCGAUAGUGAUAUUGAUGGCGAUGGCAUUCCAAAUCACCAGGAUGAUGAUAAACACGGGUCGGAGAACUUGCCACAACUUGUCGAUUUAGAUGGUGAUGGCAUUCCUAAUGAGCAAGACAGUGACAUCGAUGGUGAUAUCAUACCCAAUGAAGACGAUGAAGACAUGGAUGGUGAUGGUAUUUUAAAUAUCCAUGAUGAUGACAUUGAUGGCGAUGUUAUACCAAAUGAAAAUGAUCCAGAUAUGGAUGGGGAUGGUGUACUAAAUAUACAUGAUUCCGACUUAGAUGGUGAUGGCGUUGCAAAUGUUAUUGACGAUGAUUUAGAUGGUGAUGGUGUCCCAAAUGUCAUUGAUCAUGAUAUCGAUGGUGAUGGUGUGCAUAAUAUUAACGAUAGUGAUUUAGAUGGCGACGGUGUGUUAAAUAUUGAUGAUGCUGAUUUAGAUGGCGAUGGUGUACCUAAUGUUGUCGAUACAGAUCUCGAUGGCGACGGUGUGUUGAAUGUUGCCGACGCUGACUUAGAUGGUGAUGGCUUGCUGAAUGUAGCCGACACCGAUAUCGAUGGUGAUGGCGUUCAUAACGUGAACGAUAAUGAUUUAGAUGGAGAUGGCAUUCCCAAUGAACAUGAUGAUGAUGUCGAUGGUGACGGCACAGUCAAUGCCGAAGAUGAUGAUAUCGAUGGCGAUGGUAUACCAAAUGCUGAAGAUGACCUCAUCAAUAUCUACGAAUUUGAGGAAGGUGAAAUCCCCGAAAACCGCAGAAGUCGUAAUCAUAUCUACGAACUGUUGCAACUUGAUGAUGAAUCGAAUGCCCGUGAAAAUGCUGUUGACAAUGUGGCUGAAAUUAUUUUGCGUGACAUUAAACGCACUUACGAAAACGCUAUCAAGCCUUUGGAAUCCUUGUAUAAAUACCGUGAUUUGAGCAAUCGCCACUUUGGUGAUCCUGAGAUUUUCUCUAAGCCCUUGGUAUUGUUUAUGGGUCCUUACUCUGGUGGUAAAUCGUCUAUAAUUAAUUACUUGACUGACAAUGAAUACACUGCCAGUUCUCUAAGGACCGGUGCUGAACCUUCUCCGGCAUAUUUCAACAUUUUGAUGUGGGGUAAUGAGACUGAAGUGUUGGAUGGUACUCAACUAGCAGCUGACUAUACUUUCUCUGGAUUGCAAAAAUUCGGACAAGGUUUGGAAGAUCGCUUGCGCGGCCUAAAAAUGCCAAACAAAUUAUUGGAAAAGGUCAACAUUGUAGAAAUUCCCGGUAUUUUGGAAGUACGUAAACAGGUUUCACGUUUGUUCCCCUUCAAUGAUGCUUGCCAAUGGUUUAUUGAUCGUGCUGAUAUUAUUUUCCUGGUCUAUGACCCAGCCAAACUUGAUGUUGGCCCAGAGACUGAGGCCAUUUUGGAUCAAUUGAAGGGUCGUGAAUAUCAAACACGUAUAAUUUUGAACAAGGCCGAUACUGUAAAACCGGAGGAAUUAUUGCGCGUACAAAGUGCUUUGAUUUGGAACAUUUCUCCCUUAAUGUCCUCUGCUCAACCACCAUUGGUAUACACCACUUCUCUGUGGUCUAAUCCCUAUCAAGAGGGUUCACCAGCUCGACUAUUAUUGGCCCAAGAAAGAGCUUUUCUAAGAGAUUUGCGUACCGCUGUCGAUAAGAGGAUUGAAAAUAAAAUAGCCAGUGCGCGUCGUUUUGCUGUUCGCGUCCGUAAUCAUGCUAAAAUGGUUGAUUGCUAUCUCAAUACCUUCUACAAUCACAAGACUUUGUUCGGCAACAAGAAACGUAUUGCCGAUAAUAUUAUUGAAAAUCCCCAAAACUAUCACAUCUACGAAGGGUUGUCUACUCUUACAAAUAUCUCACGUUACGAUUUGCCAGAUCCUGAGGUCUAUCGCGACUUCUUCCGUCUGAAUCCCUUGUAUGAAUUCAAGAAGUUAACCGAGACCUGUUCCUAUUUCCGCGGCUGUCCCAUUACCAAGCUGGAUGUGGCCAUUUCUUAUGAUUUACCUGAUUUGUCUGGCAAAUACAAGAAAAUGGUGGAAACUGCUUUAGUAAAAGUUGCCAAUAAGGAAUCAUCGGCACCAGUUCAUGAUGAUAAAAACAAAAAGACCAAAAGUUGAGUUGAAAAUCUUUAAGUUAGAUCCAAUUAAAACUCAAAAACCAUUAAUGAUUCAAACAAUAAAGCGCUCUUAAACGAAAGCAAACUGUAGACCAAAAGAAAAUUGAAGUUAAUGGUUCAACUUUACAAGACAAAAGAGCGCCUUUAAAUAAAAACAUUUUAUUAUUUUUAGAGAGUGAGAGAGUAAUUAGACAAAAAUGUCAAUAUAAUAUUUUUUGAAAAACUUUAAAUAUCAUCCAAAAUCAAACAAAAGAGAGAAAUAUACAUUGGUCGCCUUCAGUUACUAUUGAUUUGUAAUCGCUUGUUAAUCCAAUUAAUAAUAAGAUAAUGUGACAUUUAGCUGAACUUGACCAGUAGAGAGUUUUCAAAAAUCAAAUUUAUUAAACAUCGUAAUACUUUCAGAAAAAUAAUAAACUCAAAAAAAAAAUAAUAAAAAUUUUAAAUAAUUAAAAAAUAUACACAGAAAAUAGCAAAACGAAAUAGCACUAACCCAAAUUUAAUUAAAAAAAGCGAGAGAGCGAUAUUUUAAGUUCUAUAAUAAUUAACAAAUAGGUCCGAUUUUAAAAUCUUCUUCUCCUAUCCAAUUUAAACACAACUAACUUAUGUGACGAUAAAAUUAUUUCUAUUAAUUGCUAAAUCAAAACCAUCUUUUACGAUCUAUCAUAACGAUAAUAUUGGAUUUUAAAAAAUUUACUGCAACUACAUACAAUAUUAUAUUUAUUUUAAAGCAUUUAAUUUAUUUGUAAAUUUUUGUUGUCUGUGCACACUAUUUACCUGCCAAAUUCCCAACCCGUUCCUUUUCAAUGUUUAAACUAUAUGUUAUCAUAUUCAUGUCUCAGAAUAAAAGUCCGCACAAAAUAAUUUUAUUAAUUAUUACAAUUCUAUUCCCAUUUCUUUAUCACUUUGAUACUGUUCUUUCCUUUCAUAGUAAAUAAGCUGUAAUUGUAUAAUAAAUUCUAAAACAGUGAAGACGUUCUGAAAAAUUAAGAAAAUCUAUGUUAAAAUUAUAAUUUAGUAUAUCAAAUUUUAGGUAGUGUUUUUCUUGUGUAGAAAAUGAAAUAGUCAAAACAACAUUUUCUAGAUAAACCAACGUAAAAAAUUUUAAGGAUUUGUAAUGAAAAUUUAAGUAAAUAAAAUAAAUAAAAAACUUUAAAGAAAAGAA